AUGGCAGGAGGAGGAUUUACAGAUGCAGGGCCAUUGAAAAGAGCUCAUCUUUAUGAGUAUAAGUUCACGUGGUAUUUCUUCAAUGCAUGCAUUGUUGCUGCCCUUGGAGGCUCUCUCUUUGGCUAUGAUCUUGGUGUUUCAGGCGGAGUAACUUCCAUGGACGAUUUUCUAAAGGAGUUCUUCCCAAAAGUGUACCGUCGCAAACAACUUCACAUCAAAGAAACAGAUUACUGCAAAUACGACGAUCAAAUCCUCACUCUCUUCACUUCCUCUCUCUACUUCGCCGGUCUCCUCUCCACCUUCUUCGCCUCUCACCUCACCAGAAAGCGAGGACGACGCGCAAGCAUCCUCGUCGGAUCCGUCUCCUUCUUCCUCGGCGGCCUAAUCAACGCCGUCGCAAUCAACAUUCCAAUGCUGAUAAUCGGCCGAAUCUUCCUCGGAAUCGGAAUCGGAUUCGGCAAUCAAGCAGUUCCACUAUACCUUUCCGAGAUCGCUCCGGCCAAAAUCAGAGGCCAGGUGAACCAAUUGUUCCAAUUGACGACUUGCUUAGGGAUUCUGAUCGCAAAUUUCAUCAAUUACGGAACAGAGCAGAUUCAUCCAUGGGGAUGGCGAUUAUCUCUCGGAUUAGCGAUGCUUCCAGCAUCGGUAAUGUUCAUCGGCGGUUUAUUUCUUCCGGAAACGCCUAAUAGCCUUGUGGAACAAGAAAAAUUAGAGGAAGCGAGAAGAGUUCUUGAGAAGAUUCGAGGAACUACGAAUGUCGAAGCGGAAUUUUCAGAUCUGGUCGAUGCGAGCAAUGCUGCUAGGGCUGUGAAGCAUCCGUUCAGGAAUUUGCUCCGCCGAAAGAAUCGGCCACAAUUGAUCAUCGGAGCGCUCGGAAUUCCAGCGUUUCAGCAACUUACCGGAAACAAUUCGAUUCUGUUUUACGCUCCGGUGAUUUUGCAGAGCUUAGGGUUUGGAUCGGCGGCGUCUCUGUAUUCGUCCGCCUUCACAAGCGGAGCUCUGGUUAUUGCGGCGUUGAUUUCGAUGUUCCUUGUGGAUAAAUUUGGGAGGCGGAAAUUCUUCCUUGAAGCCGGAUGUGAAAUGUUCUUCUGCAUGAUUGCGGUGGCGAUAACACUGAAAUUAAACUUCGGACAAGACAAGGAGCUGUCGAGAGGCGUAAGCGUGUUCCUUGUGUUCGCGAUUUGGCUGUUCGUUUUGGCGUACGGAAGGUCGUGGGGUCCAUUGGGAUGGUUGGUUCCGAGCGAGCUGUUUCCGUUGGAAACGAGGUCCGCCGGGCAAAGCAUAGUGGUGUGCGUCAACAUGUUCUUCACGGCAGUGAUCGCUCAGUGCUUUCUGGCGGCGAUGUGCCAUCUCCAGUACGGGAUUUUCAUUCUGUUUGCGGCUUUGAUAUUCCUAAUGACUUGCUUCAUCUACUUUCUGUUGCCGGAAACCAAGCAAGUUCCGAUCGAAGAGGUUUAUCUUCUUUGGGAAAAUCAUCCGUUCUGGAAGACGAUUGUUAGGGAAGAAGGUGAGCCGCCCAUCAAGGAAAAGCCUGCAGAUGCUAAGCUUGAUGUUUAGCAC